GUAGAGCACAGUGCUGUGUUUCUUCAUCACCGAAUUUUGUGCAGCGGCAAGUGAGCUUGGAGCUCAAGUUAGGUUGACGUGCCUGGAGAGCCCCGUGCAGGUCUCUAUCAGCCAUGGACUCCCAAGGAAAUAAGGUUAUCGUGUCUGAUAACGGCACCGGUUUCGUCAAGUGUGGAUAUGCAGGAUCCAACUUCCCGGCUCAUAUUUUCCCAUCUCUAGUCGGUAGACCAAUUCUUAGAUCUACUGCUAAGAUCGGUGAUAUUGAAGUGAAGGAUUUGAUGGUCGGAGAUGAGGCCAGCCAACUUCGCUCCAUGUUGGAGGUAAACUACCCCAUGGAAAAUGGAAUCGUACGUAACUGGGACGACAUGUGCCACGUCUGGGAUUACACCUUCAACGAGAAGCUUCAGAUCGACCCGAAGACAUCCAAGGUCUUGCUUACUGAGCCUCCCAUGAACCCAAUGAAGAACAGACAAAAGAUGAUUGAGAUGAUGUUUGAGAAAUACGAGUUCCAUUCCUGCUACAUUGCCAUUCAGGCUGUGCUGACUCUUUACGCUCAAGGUCUUUUGACUGGUGUCGUCGUCGACUCUGGUGAUGGUGUUACUCACAUCUGCCCGGUCUACGAGGGUUUCUCUCUUCCUCAUCUCACUCGCCGUCUUGAUAUCGCUGGCCGAGACAUCACUCGCUAUCUUAUCAAGUUGCUGCUUCUCCGAGGUUAUGCUUUCAACCACUCCGCUGACUUUGAGACUGUGCGCAUGAUGAAGGAGAAGCUCUGCUAUGUUGGAUACAACAUUCACCAAGAGCAGAAGCUUGCACUUGAAACAACCGUCCUUGUGGAGACAUACACGUUACCUGAUGGUCGCGUGAUCAAGCUUGGCGGUGAGCGAUUUGAGGCACCUGAGGCCCUCUUCCAGCCCCAUCUGAUCAACGUAGAAAGCGUUGGUGUGGCUGAGCUUCUGUUCAACACCAUCCAGGCUGCCGAUAUCGACACCAGAUCAGAAUUCUACAAGCACAUUGUCUUGUCUGGUGGUACGACUAUGUACCCUGGUCUGCCCAGCAGACUGGAGCGUGAAAUCAAGCAGCUCUACCUCGAGAGAGUACUCAAGGGCAGGACGGAGAACCUUUCGAAAUUCAAGAUCCGCAUUGAGGAUCCUCCUCGUCGUAAGCACAUGGUCUUCCUCGGUGGUGCCGUGUUGGCAGAUAUCAUGAAGGACAAGGACUCCUUCUGGAUGUCUCGUGCUGAGUACCAGGAGAAGGGAACAAAGGUGUUGGAAAAGCUCGGUGUCAAAGUACAGUAGUGGACUAGAAUAUUUUCAGGGCUGAUAGUGCCGUGGCAUUGCAAUCAUUUUUCUUUUCGUUUUUAAUAUGUUGCCAUUAUUUUUCUUUUCUUUUCGUUUUUAAGUUGCACAUAAGGAAAUUCCUAAAUAUGAAUUAGCUCCCCGGCUUGCUGCCUUGAUGGUUUCGUUCGCUUUCUUCGUGUGUAGGUCCGUUUCCAUACUUCAAGUACAAUAUUCAAUUUGUGAUAACGCCGGUGCAAAGCAUAACACAACUGUUAUGUUAUAACAACAAAGCUUGGACUGUG